GUUGGUGUUAAUUAAUGAAAACUGAAAAAUGAUGGGGCAAUUUAGUAAAUUAGUAUUUUUUUUCUAAUUCCGUACUCUUCGUUUUCGUCCAGACGGUUUUGCACUGAGAUUUGUAGAUAUUUGUCGCCGCCAUUAAACCUCUCUGCUCUUGCAUUUGCCUUCUACACGAAGAAGAACCCAUAGUUGGGAGAAGAAGACGAAGGUUUUUACAAAUACUCCGUUAGAAAACGAAUUGAAUCGAAAGAUCUCGAUUCGUUUCUUCAAUUUUUCGCGGUGCCGCGCCGGUAAACAAAAAAGAAACCCUAGGGAGGAAGACGAGGAUUUCGAUAAUGAAGUUUGAUUUCACUGUUCAAUUUUGAUCUGUUUUGUAAGGAGCUGAAUUAGAGAGAAAAAUGUCGAGGCCGAUCAUGCUUGUGUUUCUUCUGGUUAUACUUAUAGUUACGUCUCAGUUUGAAUGGAGGCAACCACUUCUUGAGCUUGAUGCAGCUCCUAGCUUGUCUCAGAAACAUCAGCAAAUUGCAAAGAGGGAAGAAGCUGUCAAGGAGAAGAUCAUCUUAUCACAAGAGAGACAUAUCCAGAGGCUAAAUGACCUUGUACGAAGUCUUCAACUGCAGUUACAGCGAUGUAAAGGAGAGAACGAGACACGAAACGCCACUGAAACCUCCAAUCUAAACAAACACUUCAUUGAGCUGGAGAGGAAACACAUUGUGGAAGACUAAAAUGUUUCCUCCGUUACCACAAACUCUAAUAAUAAAUAACCCAAAAUGGUACGUAAAAAAAAAUGUUGUAAUUUAUUUCUGAUGUGUUCAAACCUUGCUGAUGAUUCGAUUAGGAGUGUUGUAUUACCUUAUUCAUGAAAAAAGGUUUGAGAUUUUUAAGUGUCUUAAAAAAGUUAAGAAUUAGUGUA